AGUGAGGGCGGAGGCGGGACCAAACUCAGCUCGCCAGUGGGGGCGGGGCCUCGCGGGGGCGGAGUCUUGCGCUCCGGCUCGGGCUGCGGCUGCGGCUGCGGCUGCUGCCCUUCCAGCUUCUUAGGGAAGGAGGCCGAGGCCUGGGCCAAGCCCGGAGCCGCCGCUUCCCGGAGCCUCCUGGAGCCACCGCGCCGGCUCAGCCUGGGGGCGGGCUCAGGCCCGGCCCGCCGCCGAACCCAGGACAGAGGCUGCACGCCCGAGGACCAGGCCGGCGCAGCCAUGGAGGAAGCAUCUCCCUAUUCCUUACUUGAUAUCUGCUUGAAUUUCCUGACUACUCACCUUGAGAAGUUCUGUUCAGCAAGACAAGAUGGAACGUUGUGUCUACAGGAACCUGGAGUAUUCCCACAGGAAGUGGCUGAUCGACUGCUUCAGACCAUGGCUUUUCAUGGUCUACUGAAUGAUGGAACUGUAGGUAUUUUCAGGGGCAACCAGAUGCGCUUAAAGCGUGCUUGCAUUCGGAAAGCCAAGAUCUCUGCUGUUGCUUUCCGGAAAGCUUUCUGCCAUCACAAGUUAGUGGAACUUGAUGCUACAGGUGUGAAUGCAGACAUCACGAUUACAGACAUCAUCAGUGGGCUUGGCAGUAACAAAUGGAUCCAGCAAAAUCUCCAGUGCCUCGUGCUGAACUCAUUAACUCUUUCCCUCGAAGAUCCUUAUGAGCGGUGCUUCAGCCGGCUUUCUGGCCUUCGAGCAUUAAGCAUUACCAAUGUUCUCUUUUACAAUGAAGACCUCGCUGAAGUUGCCUCAUUGCCAAGAUUAGAGAGCCUGGAUAUUUCUAACACCUCAAUCACAGACAUCACAGCUUUGCUGGCCUGCAAAGACCGACUCAAGUCUCUAACCAUGCACCACUUGAAAUGUUUAAAAAUGACAACUACCCAGAUACUGGAUGUUGUUCGGGAACUAAAACAUCUGAAUCAUCUUGAUAUUUCAGAUGACAAACAGUUUACAUCAGACAUAGCUCUUCGCUUACUAGAACAAAAGGAUAUCCUACCCAACCUUGUCUCCCUAGAUGUUUCUGGGAGAAAGCACGUGACAGAUAAAGCUGUUGAAGCCUUCAUACAACAACGGCCCAGCAUGCAGUUUGUAGGUUUGCUGGCCACUGAUGCAGGUUACUCUGAAUUCCUCACCGGUGAAGGACAUUUGAAGGUGUCUGGAGAAGCCAAUGAAACUCAGAUUGCAGAAGCAUUGAAGCGCUACAGUGAGCGGGCAUUCUUUGUCCGGGAAGCUCUAUUUCACCUUUUUAGCCUGACUCAUGUGAUGGAAAAAACAAAGCCAGAAAUUUUAAAGCUUGUGGUUACUGGGAUGAGAAACCACCCUAUGAAUUUGCCAGUACAACUUGCUGCAAGCGCCUGUGUGUUUAACUUAACUAAGCAGGAUCUUGCUGCAGGAAUGCCUGUCCGACUCCUGGCUGAUGUGACCCAUUUGCUGCUCAAAGCUAUGGAACAUUUUCCCAAUCACCAGCAGUUACAGAAGAAUUGCCUCCUUUCACUUUGCAGUGACCGGAUCCUUCAAGAUGUUCCAUUCAACAGGUUUGAAGCCGCCAAGCUUGUCAUGCAGUGGCUCUGCAACCAUGAGGAUCAAAACAUGCAAAGGAUGGCAGUUGCUAUCAUUUCCAUCCUGGCUGCCAAGCUUUCUACAGAACAAACUGCACAGCUUGGUGCUGAGCUCUUCAUUGUCAGGCAACUUCUUCAAAUAGUGAAGCAAAAAACCAAUCAAAAUUCAGUGGACACUACUUUGAAGUUUACUUUGAGUGCACUCUGGAACCUCACGGAUGAAUCUCCAACCACUUGCAGACAUUUUAUUGAAAACCAAGGGUUAGAACUCUUCAUGCGGGUUCUAGAGUCUUUCCCAACUGAGUCAUCCAUUCAACAGAAAGUCCUAGGACUUUUGAAUAAUAUAGCUGAAGUACAAGAAUUGCAUUCUGAAUUAAUGUGGAAGGAUUUCAUAGACCACAUCAGUAGCCUCCUACAUAGUGUUGAAGUGGAAGUCAGUUACUUUGCAGCUGGGAUUAUUGCCCAUUUAAUAUCUAGAGGUGAACAAGCUUGGACAUUGAGCCGUAGUCAGAGGAAUUCUCUUCUGGAUGAUCUGCAUUCAGCUAUUUUGAAAUGGCCAACUCCAGAGUGUGAGAUGGUAGCAUACAGGUCCUUUAAUCCAUUUUUCCCAUUACUUGGCUGUUUUACAACACCAGGAGUCCAGCUAUGGGCAGUUUGGGCCAUGCAACAUGUCUGCAGCAAGAAUCCCUCAAGGUAUUGCAGCAUGCUGAUUGAGGAAGGAGGAUUGCAGCAUUUAUACAACAUCAAAGAACAUGAACAGACUGAUCCCCAUGUCCAACAGAUCGCUGUGGCCAUUCUGGACAGCUUAGAAAAACACAUUGUGCGCCAUGGCAGACCACCUCCCUGUAAAAAGCAGCCCCAAGCUAGACUAAAUUGAUAGCCAUAGGUAGUUGGAUAAUUGAAUCACAGGAAUCCUCUUUGUGAUAGGCUCAUUUGGAAUAUCUUAUCUUCUGUGAUGUUUUAGGGGUUUCUAUGACAAGAGUCAUAAGAUCAGUUUGGGAUUGAUGGUGUACAGUACUGCCAACGUGAACAGUCUCUAAUUUGUCUUGUGGUUUUUAACUUCUGAGGCAAGAAGGGUCUCUUCCUUCGUCAUUGCCUUUUAGGAAAUUUUCCACAUCUUUCUGUGUUUGAACUUACUGUGCUUGAAAUUCUACAGUUUUAUGAUAAAGUUUGCACGAACCCUUAGGCCAGACUUUUCUGAUCUUAAAGUCCCUUCCAAUCAAUUUGCAGCUUCAGAUAAGCUGUUAACCUGAUUUCUGGCACUGCUUCAGUUGUAAGUUUUAUACUGCUUCUGUAUAAAAUGCCUUUAUUCUCUGUCUGUGUACCUUUUAUAAGAUGUCCUUAGUGUGAAAGAAUGGAAAUCCGAGUCCUCUUUGAAAGCUACUCACUGACUGGAGCCUGGGUAGUUGGCAGAAAAAAUGUAUUAGAAAGAAAACUAGUAAGGGAGAAAAAAGAUUAGGAACUGGAGAAAGGUCUGCUCUUAUAGUUCUUAAACUGGAACAAGCUAUCCUUCUGGAACCCGUACUUCUCCUGAGGCAGUGAGCAGUAGCUUGUUCUUCAUAUUUAUUCCUGGGAGCAUGGGCUGCUGCUUCCUACACGGACUGCUGGUUACUCUCUAGAAAUAUUUCCCCAGGCAUCACAAUGUAAAAUAUUACAGCAUUCUGUGUUAAAGAUUAACUGUCUGAAUCUCUAUACAUCAUACUAUUGUGAAAAUGUGAAUUUUUAUAAAAUUGUCUCUUGUUAAAACUGACUUCUUUUCCCUCUAUUUCAAAGUCAUUUUGUUCAGUGAAAUAGAGACUACACAUGGUAUUACCUGCUCAGUUAAAAUACAGUUAACGACAGUAAAUUUUGUCACAAGAAGUUAAAUUUUCUUUUGUUUCAAAAUACAUGUAUUUUAUGUUCUCAUGUUGGAGAAAGAUGUCCACAUCUCACUGCCAAAAAUGAAUGAGAAGCACUAGGCUAUUAUUAAAUGUAAUGAUUCUAGUUGCGGUGCAUAAAAGGAAAUAUUUUUGAUGGGUUAUUUUUUAGACAGUUGCCUUUCCUUUAUGAUACCCAUUAUAGCAUAGUAAAGAAUCAGUUAUCAUUAUAUCAAUAAUGAAAGCUGGGAGGCAGCAAGUCACCAAGAAACUUAAUUUCCAUUUUAAAUUUUAGUUGGUGAGUGAGGUUAAUGACAAAUUUCAGAUGAUUGUGUUUUCUUCAUAGAUGGCCAAAAUGUUUUCAAUAGAGAGGUUUUUUUUUUUUUAAGAUUUUAUUUCUUUAUUUGACAGAGAGAGACACAGCAAGAGAGGGAACACAAGCAGGAGGAAUGGGAAAGGGAGAAGCAGGCUUCCCGUGGAGCAGGGAGCCCGAUGCGGGGCUUGAUCCCAGGACCCCAAGAUCAUGACCUGAGCCUAAGGCAGACGCUUAACGACUGAGCCACCCAGGUGCCCCUUCAAUAGAGAUUUAAAUGGUUUAAAUUAUGGUGAUUAUUUAGAAGCAUUUUUAUUUAGAAAGGAGCUGGCUUAUUAGUAUGCUGAUAACAUUUUUGACGUAUGUAUUUCAAACCACUAUCACAAAAGUCAUACUUGAAUUAUUUUGUACUCCUUCGCAGGGAUGAAAACUUAAACUAAAAGAAAAGAGGUAUUUAGAACCAUUAAAACCCAUAUUAUAUUCUGGGUUACUUCUGACUUGAUGGGUUUAAGGAAUUUUUAUAGGCUCAAGAUAAAUUUUCACAGAUUGUCUAUUUCAGAGGAAGUGGAAAAUUCUUUUAACUUUCCCUCUUUUUCCCAGAUUUUAAUGUCUAAGGCAAAAUGUAGAAAAUAUAGCUUGGAAGUUACUAGCUAUGUUGACUAUCUUCAGGUCUCUUAGCUUGCAUAGUUAAGGGAAAGCCUGUUUGAGAAGUUUGGCUUCAAGUUUCUCUUAUGUCUUGUUCAAGACAAAAGUGCAUGUUCCUUACACGCUAAUCUUAGGUUUUUAUCUUUACAAAUUGUUUUCAGAAAUAGCUAAAAAUGUACAGAAAACAAUAACUCCGUUCAUUAUUCAGAAUAACUUGAUAGAUGAAGGCUCAAAAAUAUUUAAAAUUAAUUCUAAACUUACUACUUUGAGCAUUGGUAAUGGUGGGAUAUUUCUGAGUCUUAAGAGCAAAAUAAUUGAUCACAUCCCAUAUAUAAAAAUGGUAGUGCCUUUGUGGUUGGGAUGGUUCUUAAAAUUGUGUAUCUAACUAAGGCACAGAAUUGUCUGUAAGGUCUUGAAUCUGGCUAAAAUAUAGUAGAUGUAUAUAUUGAAAUUAUGAGGCAUAACUGGCCUGUGUCUACAGUUAGAAUCUGUUAGGCCUCCCUUUUACAUGUGUAUACUGGAAUGUAAUAGUACUUGGUGCCUUCAAGGGUUACCUCUUCAGUGGCUUAGAGGUGCUAUUUCAAGCACAAUUUAGACUAGGGUUGAACCACUCAUUGCUCAAAUCACUGGUGCACUCAGAUGUUAUAAAAUGUCACUCCAUCAGUCCACAAGCAGCAGCAAGGUUUAGAUCUACCAAAGAAAAUGGAAUUAGACUUUUUAAAGUAUAAUUAUGCAUGUUGGUAUCAUUGAGUAAAACAAGAAUGGUCUGAAAUUAAAGCAAAAAUAAGGAAUCUCAUUCUUUCCAUCAAGUGAGUUUUGCUUGUGGUCUUUAUAUUCUAAAAAAUCAUUUUUCCUGUUGGCAGUUGAAAAGAAACAUAAAUCAAGUAAUAAUAAGGGGUUAAUUUAAUUUACCCUCUGGCCAAGGACUCAGUGGCUACUGAUCUUAGUUGAGGAUUUUUUGAAUUAUCAGACCCACAGUUCCAGGAAUUGACCUUAAAUAUUGCUACUCUUUAGCCCUAGAUAGAAAUGCCAUUUGGUAGCAAUAGUCCACUUAAUUACCCAAAGUGGAGGUGAGUCACCACAAAAGGGUGCUACGGGGAUUUAAUUUCAUGAUCUCUUUUGUUUGCAAACUUCCAAAGAAUCAAAGAUUCAUGUUUAAAACAUUAGUCUAUCCAGCCUAGAAAGUUGUUCUUACUAUUGAGACCUUUUGAGUUGGCCCUUUUUCUCCCUCAUCACUUUCAUUUGGCUGUAUGUUUAAUUAUGCUAUGUAUCAAGAGCGCAUUGGGCCAUCUUCUAGCCCUUUGGAACACAUUUUUAUGAAAACAUAUUUUAUGUGCUAACUUAUGAUAGAUUAAUGAAUGAUGGUUUUGACUUAGUAUUUUAAAAUGCAUGACCACCCAUAGAACACCAUGCAGCAGCAGUACCCAAAGUUGAAAAGAGGUCAUGAGUAAUGGGAAAACAAACUUAGUUUUGUUUUUGUUGAAACCCACCCCCCUCCUGCCCUCUACUGGUAUGUUUACACUAUUUGGUCAUUGUGCAGCUUUUAUUAUGGAAUAAACAGUAUUAUUAAACUGAAAGUCUAAGUUAAAAGCAGUAUCAUAAUAUCAGCGGACAUGGCAGUUUUAUCUGUAUGUUACUUGUUUGGGAACUUUAUAUGGGUAGGACUUCAGAGUACUGUACCAAGACAGCUUACAGAGCAGUUUUGUAAAACUUACAGUUUCCCUCUCAAAUCCAUUGUAGCAGUUUCAAAUGACUGUGUGGAUGUUGGAUGUUUAAUCUUUACCAUUUACUUUGUAUUGACACAUUUUUUAUUUUUAGUGUUAACUCAUGUACUACUUUAGGAAUAAUGCAAAUCCAGCCUUCAUCCAGUGAUGAGAAUAGCAGUAUAAUAGGAAUUUGCUGAAUGUGCUUUAAAUGGGUAGUUGCUUUAUCUUUUUUAGUAUCUCAUAGACUUUGCAUGACACGGUACACUCCUAAUUAUGCAUUCUUCAGUUUCCAAAUCUUAACCUAAGACAUUCUAUGUUAACUGAUUGGCAGCCUGAGAAAGAGCUUUCUCUGCCUGUUUCUCCCAUCACCCAAUUUUUUGGGGUAAAUUAUGGGAAAAUCAGUGCUAUUUCUCAUUUCUCUGGAUGAAGCAAGGUUUGUUUGGACGGCACAACCAAACUUUAGAGCUAGAUAGAAUGGCUAUUAAGAAUAUUUAGAAAAUCCACAUUGAUCAAAAUUAUUCUGGGAAAUCAUAAAUCUAGUUCAUUAAUAGUAUGUGCUUAACUUUGAACUUACUUUUGGGAAAACUGUUCAAAUGGGUUCUUUUAAGAUUAUUCUAAUCAGCUUAGAAGCAAGAAGCUACUUAGCUAAUGAAAGCUGAGAUACUUUCAUAAAAGCGAGAAAUUCUUGAGAGCAUUUUUUUUAAAAAUGGGAUAAUGUUAAUGUCAAGAUUUAUACUCAGAUAAUCUGCAAGAAUAAAAUUUUAAAAUCCUUGAUUUUUGUAGAAAUCCCACUGUCAAAUUCCCACGGACUUGUGAGAGAAAAGCUAUCUUUGCCUUGAAUUCUGAUGGAAGAGUUUAACUCCUUUCAAAGGAUAUGAAAAAUUCAUUGGGAAGUGUAAUGUGUUCAUUUCAAAGGCUCUCAGUUAUCUGGACUGAAGGCACUGUUCUCACUGUGGCCAGAUGAAUGGGAGUGUUCUGUACAUGAAUCAUGCUAUAUUUUAAAUCAGGACAUCACUUAGGUAUUAAUGUUGUGUGUGUACAGAGUUUUGUUUUGCAAUUUUUUUUUUGCCUAAAUAAAUGUAUAAAUUUUA